AUACCCUUUGUAACAACUGCUAAGAACUACAGGGGCAGAGGGAUGAUGCGUAUGCUAAUGGCUGCAGUUGAAUCUACUCUAUGCCAUUUGGAAGUAGAAAAUGUUGUGAUACCAUCCUCUGAAGGAGUGGAAAAGAUGUGGAUAAACAAUUUCUAUUAUUCCCAGGAGAUUGACAGGACCUUGGAGAAACAUAUCGUCCUCUCUAACAUGCUCAUGUUCCCCUAUGCUAUCAGGCUACAAAAAGCCCUUUUGCCAAAUGUUAAUACUUUACAUCUUCAAGAGAGUAAUAACUCCAAAAGAGUGCCUGUUUUAUUGGACUUGAACUAUGAACCUCCGCAAGAGGAUGAGGACAUGUAAUACAACCAACCCAAAGUGAUGAUCCAAUGCAAGCCAAGAAUAAUUUGUCAGCAUCACAACAGAAGCUGGCGAUUUUCAUACAAGAGAAGCUAAAUCUUAUUAUAAGGCUACGAUUUUUUCCUUUACUUCAAAAAUCAAAUAAGUAUUACCAAUUCAUGUUGAGUUUGAACUCAGACUUCAGUUCUCUCAUAUAACUAUAUGACAUUUGCCAAAUUUGUGCCCCUUUUGUUUUUUGGGCUAAAAUAAUUGUGUCAAUACUAUGCUUUAACAUACUUUAAGACAAUGUGCUGCAACUGUAUCAUGUUGCCCAGUCAGAUACAAAAAACUUUGAAUGGGAGGGUUUUUUUUUAUUGUUUUGUUUUACUUUUGAGCAUGUGGUUGUGAAUUUAAUGAUUACUAAUUCAACUAGGUUAUUGCUAGUUAGGGUUUUGGAAGAGCUUAUAUGAAAUGAGGGUUGGGUGUUAGGAUUAGUUAUUAUUCCUAAUAAUGCUAUUGACAUAUUGUCAUUGAAUUUCAACAUAGUUUUAAAGAGGAAGUAGUAACUUUCACAGUCUAGCAAUAGUGGAAUAGUCGUGAGAAGUUUUAGUUAAAGGUGAACUAGGCAAAUAAUAUAUAUUUUUUUAUAGUUAUUUUACGCAAUAGUAUUUUUUUUUUUUGUUAAGAUUUGUACUUUUUUUAUUUCAUUACUUGUUUAGACCCUAUAUUUUAUAAAAUUGUUUAAAUAAACUCUUAAAUCUGAUUUUUAUAUUUAAUUUUUUGUUCAUCAAA